AUGAAGGGACCUAAAGCAAGAAGCUCACCCUGUCGUUCAAGUAUAACAGAAAAGAAUAAAGGCUAUGUAUCAUCAAAUACUAGCGGAAAACCAUUUUCAUCAUGUAUAUACGUUAUCCUAUUCCUCCUGACCUAUGUGGUUCUUCCCCUAUCGGAGUGCUCUGAAUUUUCUCGUGAUUCCAAAACGAACCAUGAUUACCAUGAUAAACUCAGAGUGGAAGAGCACAAGGAUGAAUCACGCUCACUUGCAGGAGUACCCAAAUGUGGGGAUAAUAGUACGUGGGUUCUUUUUGUAAAACACUUCGAGCAGGAUUGGAGAGAUUUCAAUAAUGAUGUGACGGUCAAAAGGGACCAAUGGUUUGAAGAGAAAAAUGACGAAUCAAAAAAAUUGACAAAGUCCAUGGAAGAUGAUAAAAAUAAAUGGUUCAAAGCAAAAGAUAGAGAAUUGCAAAUUUUGAAAAAAGCUUUAGAGUAUAAAUUCGCUAGUGCUGAUCCUACUCUGUGUAAACAGCGUGAGAGCGCUAUUUCUGGGAAACCUGCAAUGGAAUCAACUGCAUUGAAAGAAUCUGAUGCUGAUCAUCAUAAGAAAGAAGAUGCCCAGGAUACUAAAGCAGCAGAUUUCGGAAAGGAGAAGGAGGGAAAUAUGUGUCCACCACAAGUGCAACAGCUUGGAAGCACGCACCAGCAACAAAAUAUUGGCCAAGGAGAUGAAGGAGCUAAUUCCUCUGAUAAAAAACCAUCUGCAAAUGUAGAACACCAAACACCUGUAGUUCCUCCUCAGUAUCAAACAGGAAGCCCGGAACACAAGGAAAAUAUUUCCCAUAAAUAUGAAAAAGAUACAAUCGAAGAUUGGAAAAAAACAAUGCAGAAUAAAAAGUUAAAAGAUGACAAUGAAAUUAGUAAAACAGUUUGCAUUGGACUUCCACAAAAAUCAGCAAAAGACCAAGAAAAAUCGAAGAUACUAGAUGACAAAGAUAAAACGCGUAAACAAUGGGAUAAAGUCGUGGAAUAUAAACUUUCUACGGCGGCCAAUGAUAAUUCACGUAAAAGGGAAGUACGUGCAAAUAUAUGUAAGAAAUUCGACGAACACAAAAAAAAAGUGUCCCAGAAAGUAGAACCACAACCUGAACUGAAACCACAAACAACCAACACAACAACCAACACAACCACAACACAACAACAACACAACACAACCACCAACACAACCACCAACACAACCACCAACACAACCACCAACACAACCACCAACACAACCACCAACACAACACAACCAACACAACCAACAACAACCAACAAACAACCAACAAACAACCAACAAACAACCAACACAACCAACACAACCACCAGCACACCACCACAACCUGAAAUGAAACCACAGACAACCAGCACACCACCACAACCUGAAAUGAAACCACAGACAACCAGCACACCACCACAACCUGAAAUGAAACCGCAAACAACCACCACACCAACACAACCUAAACUAAAAGCACAGAAAACCACCACACCAACACAACCUAAACUAAAAGUACAGACAACCACCACACCAACACAACCUAAACUAAAAGCACAGACAACCACCACACCACCACAACCUGAAAUGAAACAGCAAACAACCACCACACCAACACAACCUAAACUGAAACCACAACAACCAUCAACAACAUCACCAUUAUCAACAACACAAACAACCACCAACCAACCACAGCCACCACCAACCACAACCACCACAACACCACCACAACCUAAACUGAAACCACAAAUUAAGCCACAGUCUGAACUGAGUCCACAACCGCAAUUACAACAGGAACCACAGGCGAAAUCACAAUACCAACAACUUCUGCAGCUGCAACGACUGCUACAGCCGCAGCAACUUCUGCAGCUGCAGCAACUGUUACAGCCGGAACAAAUUCUACAACUCCAACAACUGCUACAGCCGGAACAAAUUCUACAACUCCAACAACUUCUACAGCCAGAACAGCUGCUACAGCUACAGCAGCUUCUACAACUCCAACAACUAAUACAUCCGGAACAGCUACUACAGGUGCAACAACUUUUACAGCAACAACCACAUCCACAACUCCAACAACUUCUACAGCCGGAACAACUACUACAGCUGCAACAGCUUCUACAACUCCAACAACUUCUGCAGCCGGAACAAAUUCUACAGCAGGAAUCACAGUCUCAAUUUAAUGCACAACCAACACAACCACCAACACAACCACCAGCCAACCACCAACAACCACAACAACCACAACAACCAAAAACACAAUACAUGAAAAUGCAAAAAGAAAUUAAAAAGCCCAAGUACAAAAUUCCCAUCGUAACAGCUGAAAAUAUUAGAGCUCAUAAUGCACAACAACGAAAGCAAAGGAAAAUCGAUCAUCAAUGUGGUGUUGUUGUGAAAGAAAAAACGCGGAAGCCUGAGCUAAUGCCAUGCAGUCAGAAAGUUCCAGGUAAAUCAUUUAAAGUAGGAGAUGAAAAAAUUAAGAACGUUCCUCAAGGCAUACAGAAGAAGUACGUUAUUCCAAAGGAUCCAGUAAAAAUGCAACCAAAGACAGGAAAAACAAAAUUUCAGGAUCAUUCUGUUGUAAGAGAUGAAAUGACAGAAACCGAAUCAUUACUAAGUGAAUAUGAAGAAAAAUUUGACAUUGAAUCAGUACUAAGAGGAGGAGAAGUAACUGAAACGGAAUCUGUAGUAGGUGAAAAACCAAGAAUCCCAGUAAUAUUUGCAUAUUCUGUCAAAGCUAAAAAAAAUGCUGAAGCUACUAUAGAUAAGAAAUCAGCUACCUCUAAACAUAAAGGAAAGAAUCAAACGAAGAACUAUGAAGAAAAAUUUGACAUUGAAUCAGUACUAAGAGGAGGAGAAGUAACCGAAACAGAAUCUGUAGUAGGUGAAAAACCAAGAAUCCCAGUAAUAUUUGCAUAUUCUGUCAAAGCUAAAAAAGAUGCUGAAGCUACUGCAGAUAAGAAAUCAGCUAAUUCUAAACUUAACGAAACAACUCCUUCAGAAGGUGAUGAUAAAACUGAAACAAAACCUUUAGAAGGUGAUGAUAAAACUGAAACAAAACCUUUAGAAGGUGAUUCUAAAACUGAGACAAAACCUUUAGAAGGUGAUGAUAAAACUGAAACAAAACCUUUAGAAGGUGAUGAUAAAACUGAAUCAAAACCUUUAGAGGGUGAUUCUAAAACUGAGACGACACCUUCAGAAGGUGAUGAUAAAACUGAAUCAAAACCUUUAGAGGGUGAUUCUAAAACUGAAACAAAACCUUUAGAAGGUGAUGCUAAAACUGAAUCAAAACCUUUAGAGGGUGAUUCUAAAACUGAAACAAAACCUUUAGAAGGUGAUGCUAAAACUGAAUCAAAACCUUUAGAGGGUGAUUCUAAAACUGAAACAAAACCUUUAGAAGGUGAUGAUAAAACUGAAUCAAAACCUUUAGAGGGUGAUUCUAAAACUGAGACAACACCUUCAGAAGGUGAUGAUAAAACUGAAUCAAAACCUUCAGAAGGUGAUGAUAAAACUGAAUCAAAACCUUUAGAGGGUGAUUCUAAAACUGAGACGACACCAUCAGAAGGUGAUGCUAAAACUGAAACAAAACCUUUAGAGGGUGAUUCUAAAACUGAAACAAAACCUUUAGAGGGUGAUUCUAAAACUGAAACAAAACCUUCAGAAGGUGAUGCUAAAACUGAGACGACACCAUCAGAAGGUGAUGCUAAAACUGAGACGACACCAUCAGAAGGUGAUGCUAAAACUGAAAGCCAAACACAGCCAGCAACUGAAGGCAAAUUCAGUGCAUUGAAAUAUUUUACCACUCCAGAACCAAAUAAGGAUGGCGAAAAAAUGGAAACCAAAUCAGUGUCAGGUAACGAAGAGCAUGAAAACCCAUUGUACGAUGAUGACCAAAACAGCGUAGCAUCCAGUUUUAUGGAUAUUACCAGAAAAGGCUAUAUGAAAUAUAACAAGUAUAGUAUCCCUAAAGAAACAUUAAAAGAAAGAGAAAACGCAUCAAAAGUGGGAAAUGAGUAUGAGGCGCACGUUCUUAGUGAAGAAGGCACGGAGGAAGGUGACGACGAGGAUGAAAGGAGCGUGUACUAUCAUAAUCAAGAAGGAACUGAGGAAGGUGACGACGAGGAUGAAAGGAGCGUGUACUAUCAUAAUCAAGAAGGCGCGGAAGAAGGUGAUGGCGAGGAUGAAAGGAGCGUGUACUAUCAUAAUCAAGAAGGCAGAGAAGGAGCAGACUAUGAGGGUGAAGCAGACGAUGAGGAUGAAGGAAGCGUGUACUAUCAUAAUCAAGAAUAUAUGGAAGAAGGAAUUGACAAGCAAAUGCGCAAUAUGCACGAAGGUGGUAUGACAAUUAAAGAUCCAAAUAAUCAAAAUUUAGAACAUGAGCAAGGGAAAGAAUUUCAAUUAAGAGAACCACAACAUGUAAAUAAUGUUCACAAACAAGAACUUGUACUCUCAGAUUACAAAGAAUGGCUUGAUCAAAAGGAAAACCCUAUAGUACGCACCAUACAAAAAUUGUGGGAUAAAUUUAUUAAUUCGAAUUUUAUGAUUUGGCGUAGAUAUAAAGGUCGUAAUAAAGAUAUCGAAAUGCCAACAAAUCCUGAUUGGGAAAAUUGGAUGAAGGAAUUGAAGAAUGAAUGGUCACUCUAUAAUGCUUAUAUACACAAUGAAAGAAUUAAAUGGUUCCGAGAAAAGGAAAUAGAGCUCGGUAAAUUUAUAGAAGACUUCCAAUUUAAAUGGAUGCAUUACAACACGGAAUUGUUAGAAAAACACUCUUUCGAUGUUUAUAAAAAAUCACAAAAAUGGGACGAUUCCAAAUGGAUUAAAUGGAUUGAGAGGGAUGGAGAAUCUAUCAUGAUCAUGGAUAUAGAAAAAUGGUUAAACCAAAGUAGAGAAGAAUACAAUUUAUGGCAGCUCGAAGAUUGGGAACAAUGGAAAAAUAACAAAAUUCUUGAUUGGUUAUUGAGUGAAAAGAAAUGUGAUCAAUAUCAGUACUGGCUGAAAUGGGAAUAUUCAAAUAAACAACCAUCACUUAGAAACGAAAAACUCGACUGGUACACAUGGAAGAAAAUUAGAAAAAGUGAAGCUGAAGACUGGCAAAAAUGGGUCCAUGAAAAAGACCAGAUAUUAAUACAAGUUAAGAAUGAAAUAUGGGAAAGUUGGAAAGAGAAGAAAAAAAACGCCUUAUUCUCAAUGCUCAACCACUUUAUUAACAAUUGGAUAAUCAAGAAGCAAUGGAAAGUAUGGAUACUCGACUUGCAAAGGGCAUUACCCAAACAAUGA